AGACUGUCAUCGAUUCUCAAAGGACAAUGUCUUCUAUCGAAGCGCUUACCGCCAAACUUAACCAGCUUGGUCUCGAGGAGGUCAAAGUGAAAGAGAUCUUGAAAAACAAGAAGGUUUCUACAGCUUUUGAAGCCAUUCUCACCGAGGCUACAGUGCCAUUGGAGUACCCAUUGGAGAAGCAGAAGAGACUGUUGCUACAUCAAACCGCAAUUUUGAGUAAAGGUGAUGAUAUCCCAAAGCGUAGCUUGGUUGUUGAUGGUAUCUUGAAGGGAGACUUGAAGACUGCAACACAAGUUGAUGAAGCAUUCAAGUAUGUCAAGUCUAGAGCGGAUGACUCAAACGUUCAAGAGAUGAACGACGUAUCAGGUGUCGGUGUUGUUGUCACAGACGAAGAUGUGAAGAAGGAGGUUCUCAACUAUAUUGAGGAAAAUAAGGAUGAAAUCACCACCAAGAGAUACCAAUCAUUCCCAAAGGUGAUGGCUGAGAUCAGAACGAUUCCAGCACUCAAGUGGGCAAAUGCCACUUCUUUCAAACCAAUCAUCGAUGCUGAGCUUUUGGCUCUCUUGGGGCCAAAGGAUGAGCGUGAUGUUGUGAAGAAGGAAAAAAAGGCAAAAAAACCGGCUGGAGAUGCCAAGGGUUCGAAGAAGGAAGAGCCUGUUAAGACUCGUUCAAUGUUUGCCGAGGGCUUCCUCGGUGAGUUGCACAAAGUUGGUGAAAACCCGCAAGCUUAUCCAGAACUCAUGGUUGAACAUUUGAAGGCUACUAAGGGCCAAGUUCAUACCCGUUUCCCACCAGAGCCAAACGGAUUCUUGCACAUUGGUCACUCAAAGGCCAUUAUGGUUAACUUUGGGUUUGCCAAAUAUCACAACGGUGUCUGUUACCUCAGAUAUGAUGAUACCAAUCCAGAAGCCGAGGAGGAUAUCUACUUUAAGAGUAUCUUGAAAAUGGUUAAAUGGUUAGGGUUCACACCGUGGAAGAUCACAUACUCUUCUGAUUACUUUGACAAGUUGUACGAGUUGGCUGAGGAUUUGAUCAACCGCGAUCAUGGUUAUGUUUGUAAGUGCACAUCAGAACAAAUCAGAGCUGGAAGAGGUAUCAAAGAGGACGGUACACCAGGUGGUGAAAGAGUUGCAUGUGUUCACCGUUCUCAAUCAAUUGAAGAAAACUUGAAAGAGUUUAGAAAGAUGCGUGAUGGUGCUUAUAAGCCUGGUGAGGCCAUCCUUAGAAUGAAGAUGGACUUGUCAUCUCCAAACCCACAGUUCUGGGACUUGAUUGCAUAUCGUGUCUUGGAUGCCCCACAUCCAAGAACUGGUGACAAAUGGAAGAUCUAUCCAACUUAUGAUUUCACUCACUGUUUGGUUGAUUCCUUUGAGAACAUCACACACUCUCUUUGCACCACCGAGUUCUACCUUUCCAGAGCCUCUUAUGAAUGGUUAUGUGAUGCCUUGCAUGUCUACAGACCAGCACAGAGAGAGUAUGGCCGUUUGAACAUCACUGGUACUAUAAUGUCCAAGAGAAAAAUUGCCAAACUUGUUAACGACAAGUAUGUUCGUGGCUGGGAUGAUCCAAGACUUUUUACAUUGGAAGGUAUCAAGAGAAGAGGUGUCCCACCAGGUGCUAUCUUGAACUUUGUUAAUACUUUAGGUGUCACCACCUCAACGACAAACAUCCAGGUUGUCAGAUACGAGAGCUCUGUGAGAAAGUAUCUGGAGGAUACCGUUCCAAGAUUGAUGUUGAUCCUGGAUCCUGUAGAAGUUGAGAUUGAUAACCUUGAUGAAGACUUUGAGGAGUUGCUCGAUAUUCCUUACAAGCCAGGUAACGACAAAUUUGGAUCGAGAAAGGUUCCAUUUGUCAAGAGAAUAUUCAUUGACAGAUCAGAUUUCACAGAAGAUGACUCUGAUUCAUCAUUCUUCAGAUUGAAACCAACCCAACCUGUUGGUUUAUUGAAGGUUCCAUUCAACAUCAGCUUCAAGUCUGUUGAAAAGGAUGCAUCUGGCAACGUCACCAAAAUCCACGUUAACUAUGACAAGGAUAUCACCAAGAAGCCAAAGACUUACAUCCAAUGGGUUCCAAAGUCCGAGAAGCACAACUCACCAAUCAAGGUUUCAGAGACAAGAAUUUACAACCAGUUAUUCAAUUCUGAAAACCCAUCAGCUCACCCUGAUGGAUUCCUUGCUGAUAUCAACGCAAACUCUGAAGAGAUCUACAAGAACUCUGUUGUUGAGCCAGCUUUAAAUGAAGUCAUAAAGAGAUCUCCAUGGGACGUUGAGGAUGCUUCAGCUAAGGAGUUUAACAUUGUGGAAGACAAGGACGUUUCUGGCCCUGAAAUUGUCAGAUUCCAAGCCCUUAGAGUUGGUUACUUCGCACUCGACAAGGAUACUACUGAUGAUAAAGUUGUUCUCAAUAGAAUUGUCUCCUUGAAGGAAUCAACUUCUAAAUAGAUGGUGCCUGUAUAAUUGAAACAAUGCCACACACCCCAACAUCUAUACGCACACAUGCACAAAAGUCGUAGAGCCACACUCAAUUGGUGUCCGGGUGUGAGUAGAAACAAAAUGGUUUGGGCAGCAUCACGAUUUUCAGUCUGCGCGUGCUGGGGCGGAUUUUUCAUCUUUUUCUUUCUUCACACAAGAGGACUCGUCCAGUUGAAAGGAAACACCACGUCAAAGCAAAUACAUCAAGAUG